AUGACGGGCACUGAGGCGGAUGGGAGCGUUGCCGUGGAUGUUCCUAGCCAGCUGAGGCUCUACUGGGAAGCAACCCCGCAGUAUACCCCUACUCCUGGUGACUUCGGCCGUUCUCCUGCCUCAUCUAUAUACAGUCCUUCCUCUCCCGUGCAUCAACCGCAGUCCGAUCAGCUCAAGUUCGUCCAACUGUCCGAUUGGGAGGAGCGGAGACACUACGAUGCAGACUCACCUAUGUACCUCCACUACUCAGUCGAAUACCGAACCGAACCAGACUUGGUUUUAGCUCCUAGUGCUUAUUGGGUCAAGGUUUUGAGGCAGAAGCUUGAGAGUCGAGUCAAAACGAAGACUCAGCGUAGCAGGCGUGUCAGGUCAGAAGAUACAGCAGUGGUGGUGUCAGUAAAUGAUCGCCCCCAACGUGACCUCAAUAAAUGGUUCGAGAAGACUAGCAUUAAAUGGUCGGCUGUUGAGCAGCAGAUCGCAAAAUGGAGCAACUUGUUCCGUAUAGACAAGAAACUCAACUUAAGCAACGACAAGAGGGGAACCAGAUCUGUGACCAGGAAAAUUCUUGCUGACCGUGAUGCUCAGAUCAAUGCUGAAAGCACUUUGGGGCAAGUUCAAGCUUGGGGCCACGUCUAUAGACUGAUGCGUUGCCCUGGAAAACCGUGCGACCUGGGCAAAUACCUUAAGACCCAUCGUUUGAUUGAUCUGGUCAAAUACGUCCGAGACGAGCAUUGCACCCUGGAAACCCAUGAUGAUAUUCCUGACGGGAUUCGUGAACAGCUCUAUGCAGAAGAGCAACAGAGAAGUCGAAGUCGCGUUCAGAAGGGUUUGUCUGUGAACACUUCGACUGGAUAUCCCAUUAACAUCAAUAUUCAACCACCAGCGAAGGAAAAGCUGAAGAUACGUGGCCCUCGGGACACAGCCGUGAGAGUUUAUUGUGAAUGGCAAGAAUCGAACGUAGUCGACGAAAAUCUCAAGGCCAAUUUUCGAGAAGCACGUGCUCUGGCAAUCAGUAAUGGAUAUGACCUCGAGCAAGUCUAG